AUGCACUCUUCCAGUAGUUCCAAGGCUCAAGUUUAUGAUGGGCAGCAAUAUGAACUGCAACUGGCUUCUGAAAGUGAUGCACUGACAUCUAAAGACCUUGCUACUUCCUUUCGCACAUACGAUCAGCAUGCUGUCAUCAAUGUAAUGGAUCACUGUGCUGUUGACUGGGAGGUCAAGAUGCUCAAUAUCUCUGUGGACUAUAUUAUGGUAGAGAGCAAGAGAAUUGAUGUAUCCCUGAGGCAAGACUGUAAAGAUGAUAAUGGUGAUGAUUACUAUGAAUUAAACCUGGAGGGGCAACCAGAAAUCUCAACUGGUUCAGUAAAGGACCCUAAAACUGAAGUCCUAAGGAAUAUUGUGGUUAGAAAACCUGCAAAAGUGAUUUUUGGUAUAGAUAAAACUGAAAUGAAAUCAAAGCCAGAACAACCAUGGAAGAAAAGUCUUUUUGAAAGACUGGAGGCAAGAGCCCAAGCAAUGCAGCAGAAAAUAAUAGAUAAGGAUAAUCUGAAGAAGGAACUAGAAAAAAAGACUGAAAAAAAACUCCCUAGAGAUAAUUUGGCCAAAGAGUGGUUUAAUACUGAAAACAUGACAGUGAAUACUCGUGCAUAUUUGCUUGACAAACUUCUACCCACCAUAGUUCCUGGAGUGGAGAAAAUGUUAACACAGGUGGAAAAUAAGAAGCUUUUGACACAAAUUGAUAUUCCAACCAAGUUUGAUCCAAUUAAUAAUUUGGGGGAAUAUUUAAUGAGAAACAAUACUUAUUAUAUCAAAGACUCAGGAAUGUCUGGUUACCAGAGGGUGAUGAGAGAUGUCACAGAAGAUCUGAAAAUACAUGUUCCCGACACUAUCUGCAACAGAGUAGCCAAGAUGAAGAACAAUGCUGAACAGAAAAGAAAACAAAGAGAAUUCAUAAACCAAGUGAAAGUCAAGGUGGCCAAUGCACGGAAACAGGCUCUGCGGGAGCAAUUCAAUGAGUGGAUUCUAGACCCGAAAGGAAUGAUUCCUGUCGUAGUGAUUCAGAAUGUUCUUUAUGAAUUUUUCCAAAAUCCAGAUUUCAAGCUUGAAUCAUAUUGUGAACAAUUGGAAAUUAUUGACUCAAUGGAACCCAGAUUGGACAAAGAAGAAUUUAUAGAAUACAUCUCUUCACAUAUUGCAGACUUUAAAAGUGAUAUGUUUGAGGAACUCCUUAAGCACCUUUGCCACUGUGCAGAUGAAUUCCGGGAGUUCAUAAAAACUGACAUGCAGAGGCAGAUGUUUGCUGCACUCUUCCUUCAUUGUGACUGUGGGAAG